ACACAGCCAUAAACUCCUUCGCGAACGCUGAGAAGAGAUACGAGUGUCACGAUGACUGAACAAUCGAAGCAGUCUGUGCUCCAAUCGCUGAGGAAUUGGGGAGAGAACUCUGUACCACCAACACUCCUGGCCACCUUGAUCACAGCCCAACAUGCGCGUCCUUUCCAGUUUUUCCCCAUGACGUUUACGCCUGUCCUGCUCUUUUCCUCUUACCUGAAUCUGAGCAACUACAAAACCGACGCUGCCGGUAUCACGGCUGCAUGGAGUGGUCUCUAUGCAUUGCUGGCCAUGCGGAGAAGUCAGGGUAUCAAGAACAAGCUUAGUGCUCGCGGCAUAGUAAGGGGAGGAUCACUUGCUCUUUGUGCAAUCAAUGUCGCAGGUUGUGGAUUAGCCUACACAUUUGGCAAGCGAGAAAAGGAGGAGAAGAAGGCGUAGAAAUCGAAGACGCUAUCAUGUGUAACAUUAUGUAUCCCUAAGAUUGUAUGCUCUAAAACUUUCCGUCUGGUCUGAUUGAAACUCACCAGGUGUAAACCAUCGCAAGGACGCCGUCGCUAUGCUGAACAAUCGACAUCAUUUGCAAGAC